AAGUGUAAAGGAAGUUCUUUUAGAAGGUUGCGCUUGUAAUGGAAGUUUCUUGUGCUGUGGUUUGUAUGAACUCUUUUUAAGACCGAACUUGUUCGUGACCAGUUGUUCGUGAUGGACAACAGGAGAGGAGACAAAAAGUCUCCUGUUCGCGACGGGAAGAUAAAAAUUAAACAGGAAAAACUCAGUCCUGCUAGGCCUCAGAGAUCGUGCCGCUCGAGUUCCGGCUCAAACCGCAGCAGUACGAGUCCUCUUCCGCGGAGACGCGAGCACAGGUCGCCCGUCAGGGGAAAAGACAAAUCGCCUGGAAGAAGAGAACGCUUGACGGGUCGCCAUGGGGACAGAUCAGGCCGAGACGGGAGGAGUCGGAGUCCAUACCACGGAGUUGAUAAUAAGAUAAAACAGGAAAAAGAGGACCAUAACGAAAGGGGAAAUAAUUUAGAUGAGCGACGUGUGAAAAGGGAAGAACAGCGGCAUCAUCAACGAGAACGUGAAAGAGGCCAGGAGCGGCACAGAGACAGGUCUCGAGAAUGGGAUGCACAUCUGUACCAGCAGCAGCAAGCAGAAAGGGAGCAGCACAAUGAGCAUCGCCGAGAAAACCGUCAGAGGCAGGAGGCAAGAGAUGGAAAUGAGACACAUGCAUUUGGUAGUGGAGAGGAAGAGGAGACAGCCCCUGCUGCUGAGAAAGAGAAGCCCAGCUUUGAACUCUCAGGUGCUCUAGUGGAAGAUACCAACACGUACAGAGGGGUGGUUAUUAAGUAUAAUGAGCCUCCUGAGGCCAGAAUCCCUAAAAGGAGGUGGAGGUUGUACCCCUUCAAAAAUGAUGAUCCACUUCCGGUGAUGUACAUCCACAGGCAGAGUGCUUAUCUGCUUGGAAGGCAAAGGAGGAUAGCUGACAUACCAAUUGAUCACCCAUCCUGUUCCAAGCAGCAUGCUGUAUUCCAGUACAGAUUAUUGGAGUUCACACGAGCAGACGGUACCACAGGCAGGAGAGUGAGGCCCUGCAUUAUUGACCUUGGUUCAAGUAACGGCACGUACCUGAACAAUCGGCGUAUAGAACCACAGCGCUACUAUGAACUCAAAGAGAAGGACGUGCUGAAAUUUGGCUUUAGUAGCCGCGAGUACGUGCUCCUGCAUGAGUCUUCUGACACAGCAGAGGUCGACGCAAAGAAGGAUGAUGAUGAAGAGGAGGAGGAGGAGGAUGAAGGCCUUGCUGAAUAGUCACUUCGCUGUUUACCAGAGUAAAUUUAUUUUAAUAGACUUUGUACAGUCAGAGCUCUUUGUAAGUAUCGAUCGCUGUGAUGGAACCCAUCGACAUCUGGGUCUAUUGUUUUGAUGUGACCAUUAUUUUGUGAAAUGAGAUUUAUUAAGAAAUGCACUGAUGGGCUUUAGCCUGACAGCUUUCUGUGUAUGGUUCUACUCUCAGGUGGACAGCAUAAGCAUCAUAUCAGACGGCUUUGUGUUGUCUGGUACUGCCCAGUGUAGUCCCUUUAUCCCAAGUGCUCAAUGCCAGAACAAAAUUAUAUAUUUUGGAAAAAUUUUCAAAGAACACCUAAAUUCUGUAAAUAUCCUGGAUGUCAACAUUUAUUUUAAUUUGUAAUUUUAUUGAAAAGGAAAAUGUCUGUCUGUUUCUAGUUUGUAGACCUCUUUUUUUUGGUCAAAUGUUGCAUAAUAGUGAGCUAUUGUUUUCAUUAUUGUCCAAGGGAAUUGCAUUUUCUUUUCCCCAAGUAUUGAGUUGCGUAAUGUUCUGUACAUGUUUUAGUUGCUUUGGAUUGUAAAAUUAAAAACGGGAAAGAAUGUUUAUUUGUGCUCAGAUUUUUUUUUCUUUAUUAUCCAUAUGUUGUACAAAGUAAAUAUGGGUCUACAGCAGUGUCAGCAUUUAUGCUUUAGCAUUUAAAAUUUUUUUACCCUUUGCUGCAGACAUCAGGAAGCAACCUGAACGGGGUGGGUGGUGCAAGCGGGGGGGCGCGCAAGCAGUGGGUUGACAAAUGCAUAUAACAUUCUGCUGUCUGAAAAAGCCAGGGCUUGGCAGGGGAAAGGCUGUAGGACAUGAGACAUGUUUGUUUCUGGUAGUGGUUACUUCUACUUUGCAUUGACUACCUUUUUGUGAAUUAGUUUUUAAUUUUGUCCUGUUGAGGUCGAGUCUCACUUUUGCUUGGCACACAAUAUCUGUCUUCUAACUUGAUUGCUGGUCACUUAUGACUACCAAUUUUCUGUGCUCAGUA